CAUCAAUUCAAGUAAUUUUUAAUCUUCCGAAAUGUCGCUCAUGACCUAUUUCAACAAACAUGACACGUAAACUCCCGUGGAAGAGGCAGACUGGGGGAAGCACCACUAGUACUCCAAAACCAGCCACCCCAACUUCCGUUCGGCCACAGAAAGUAAAGCGCGAUGAUUUAGAUGGAGAGCCAGUAGCUUCACCGGCGCCGAAUAAAAGGAUAAAGACAUCUACUCCUAUAUUUGCAACGCCUAGCAAACUCCCUCGAGCUGGGUCAACAUCGCCUCCUCCAGAGCCACUGCCAGAAACCUACAUGGUUGAAGGGCUAGAAAACGAUGAUUUAUACCGUAUGGUAGAGGAUGAAUUCUUCUCAACCGCCCAGCAAUUUACCGCUCAUCUUCAUGCAGCGGAAUAUCACCGGUUGAAGGCUGUCUCUAAAUCGCAGAAUGCAGACACUAUUAAACAUAUCUCGCGGCCCGUAGUUGGGCGAAUGACCGAUUUGGUUAAAAAGAAACAGGAACGCAAGACUCGCAUUCAGAAACAGAAGGAAUUAAUUAAAAAGGCAUUGGCAGACAAUGGCCAAGAUGAGGAUGCAGAUGGUAAAGACGAUUGGCAGAGCGCAUCGCUGUAUGGUCUCAUGGAAAGUCCGAGAAAGCAAGCGGCGCGCCUGGAUAAUCUCACGAAAGCGGUGAAUACAACACGGGCCGCCGCAGGUUUCAGCACCUCCAAGCCUCUUUCGUCAUUUACUACCCCUCGUCAAGCCACCCGCAGUAUUCAUGGUAGUAAGUCUGUAGCUCCGCCAAAUUUGAAGGAUGGCAGUGAGACGGAAGACGACGACGAUUACAGCCAGGCUUCCCCUUCUCUCGAGAUACGCACGAAGUCAUCAUGGAAAACGCCAUCAUCUACAUCUCAACUCCCCAAACCAAAAUACGGUACUAGUGUCACGAGAGAUAGUCCAUCAUUACGCUACCAUACCUCAGCAGGACACCCAAACGCUCAGAAAACAACAGCAGAGGCUUCAAAAGACACCAAUCUAUCAAACGACACGGAAACAGAUUUUCUCGCCCGCCUCAAACGACGGCAAGAAGAUCGCGAGAAACGUAAACUAGCAGCGAGCAAAGCACAGUCAAAGCGGUCAACAACAGACGAUAUCAUUCCAGGCUUUCUAUAAUAAAUACAUUACACACACACACACACGAAAUCAAGACGAGGGCUUGUAGGGAGUCUGAUACGGACGCUCGGCCUGCGGGGUUAUGCGCGCCAGGUGUCGGCGCUGUCCGCUCUUCCA